ACUACAGUAGCUUUGCCUCAUUCACUUCCACAAACUCCAUCAUGUUUACUUCCCGUUCCAUCAUCUUUGUGCUGCUCAGCUUUCUCGCUGGCGCCAAUGCGUGUAUACGGUGCCCGGCCAAAGUGGAUGGCAUUAAACUAUCCUCUACCGUCCCAGACGACUGGGAACAUGUCACAGUUUGCUAUUACAAGGGCAAAGGCGUAACAGCGUUCUGCCAGUAUUACACCAUAAACGGCGAGUCUUUGGAUUUGUCUCCGACUUGUCCGCGUAAAGCGACUGUGAUAAAGGACUGCUGAACGUGAUGUGAAGAGGCGGGGGAGACGAGACACUCAACAGGAGGAGCAAUGUUCGUCUGCAAACACCUGUUACGAG